CUACAAUUCUUCGAAAGAAUAGAUUUUUAUCAAAUCAUUGUUACCAAUUCAUAAAAAAUUCACAGGACUUCAUCAUGCAAAUUCUACAGAGAUAUCGGAAUCUAUUGAUCAUCAACAACGCCGUCACUCAAUCGGCAAGGGUAGAAAUAGCAGCUGCCCAAUUCGCCUCAUUCCAUUCAACUAAUGCUCACUUUGAGAAAUGGAAAAAUAAGUUUGAUAAUGGUGUAAGGACGGAUCAAGAAUCACUGAAGGCUUAUAUAAAAUAUACAGUUCGGCAGAAGCGGGCUGACACGAAGAAAGCUCUCAAAGACAUCCUCUGCAAUGGGGAUUACUCAACAUCAAGAAAUGAGAUAGCAACAGGCUAUGCAGAUCAGUUAAACAAGAAGUCUCGAAUAAAGCCUGUUCAUCAUUCCAAGAGAGCUUCCCACAAGAAGUCGAAACGGAACCAUCGGAGAGAAAAUCCAUUUGUUGGCUAUGAUGAGGACCCUGCAAAAACAUUUUAUGUUUCAUUUGGAAAAGACUCCAGUUGGAACUUCAGACACACGGAGCAGAGAUCCGAGUGGACAAAUAAUUCUUACUGGAGUAACAGCAGAUUUAACGAACAGGAAGCUGAAGGUAGGACGGAAUCUCAUAAUUUCAGUAAAGAAACAUAUGCUGAUCGGAGAAGCCUUGGUUUGCCAGCAACUGGUCCUUUGGAAAUCGAAGAUGUCAAGGCUGCCUUUCGCUCGUCUGCUCUGAAGUGGCAUCCCGAUAGGCAUGGAGCUUCUUCACGAGCAGCCGCUGAAGAGAAAUUCAAGCAUUGUGUCGAGGCCUACAAAUCAUUAUGCGGGAGUCUCUCCUCGCAGCCUGUGUAAGACGACGAAACGGGUAGAAUACUUCUGCUCCAACAAUAGGUCGAAGGUUCAAGUCAUCUGUAAUUGAAUAUUGUCAUUUUGUGGAAAAUGUUGCUUACUAUGCAAUGAAGUUAAAAGGUCACAUAAAUAAAGUAGAAUUGCUCACUACUCCAUGUACAAUAGCUAAAAGGUCGCCUCUAUAAACUAUUUUUGGAUGAUUGUGGAAAUUGUUUUUCUUUAUAGACACAUGAACGAAAAUAUAAAGAUUGCGUCACGACGGACUCGAAUAUGAGAACUUUACCAUUUU